UUAAUUCACCAUCUCUACAUUCAUUUCUACCAAUCAAUUAAUUCUUCACCUCGCAACCAUCAAUGGCCAAAAUAUUUGCUCUCUCCAUAUUUCUCACUGCACUGCUGCUCGCCAAUGCAACAAGAUCAGAAAAUGGAAGUGAGCCCAAGCACGAAAACAACGCAGUGGAUGAUCCGGAGGCUGUAGCUGCCAUGGUUCAUAUGAGUAUCCAAAAUAGAAGCGAGUCAAGGAAGCUUGAAUCCGUCACGUGCGGGACGGGGAACCCCAUCGACGACUGCUGGCGGUGCGACCCGAACUGGAUCCGCAACCGCCGACGCCUGGCCGACUGCGCCAUCGGCUUCGGCCGCAGCUCCGUGGGCGGGCGGGACGGGCGGUACUACGUGGUGACGGACCCUAGCGACGAGGACGCCGUGAACCCCCGGCCGGGCACCCUCCGGCACGCCGUGAUCCAGGACCGGCCACUCUGGAUCGUGUUCAAGCGCGACAUGGUGAUCACGCUGAAGCAGGAGCUGCUGGUGAACAGCUUCAAGACCAUCGACGGCCGCGGCGCCAACGUCCACAUCGCCAACGGCGCCUGCAUCACCAUCCAGCACGUCACCAACGUGAUCGUCCACGGCCUCAGCAUCCACGACUGCAAGCCCACCGGCAACGCCCUGGUCCGGAGCUCGCCCUCCCACUCCGGCUGGCGGGGCAUGGCCGACGGCGACGGGAUAUCCAUAUUCGCAUCCAGCCACGUGUGGAUCGACCAUAACUCGCUGGCCAGCUGCUCCGACGGACUCAUCGAUGCUAUCAUGGGAUCGACCGCCAUUACUAUCUCCAACAAUUACUUCUCUCACCACAACGAGGUCAUGCUGUUGGGACACAGCGAUGACUACGAGGGAGACAAGGUGAUGCAGGUGACUGUGGCGUACAAUCAUUUUGGGGAGGGGCUAACGCAAAGGAUGCCGAGGUGCAGGCAUGGGUAUUUCCAUGUGGUGAACAACGACUACACUUCGUGGGAGAUGUAUGCUAUUGGUGGGAGCGCAAAUCCCACCAUCAACAGCCAGGGCAACAGAUUUCUUGCCUCCAACAACCCUUUUGCUAAAGAGGUAACGAAGAGGGUAGUAAAUACAACGGAUGGUGAGUCGUGGAGGAAGUGGAACUGGAAAUCGGAGGGCGAUCGGCUGCUAAACGGCGCGUAUUUCACGGCGUCGGGGCAGGGUACAGCAAGCAGCUACGCUAGGGCGUCAAGCCUGGCAGCGAAGCCUUCUUCCUUGGUAGCAACACUCACCAGUGAUGCUGGGGUGCUACACUGCCGCAAAGCCGUCCGCUGCUGAACAAAAUACUAGUAUCAAAUUGUUUUUGAAUUUCAAUUCUUUCUAGGAGCAUACCAAGAUAUAGGCAAUUCAUUUAACCCGAUCUCUAUCCAUUUUUGAUGUAUCUAUCUUUGUUUCUAGUCUUUA